AUGAACAGCUCCACCUUCCAAGCCCGCGGCACCCUUGUCGGCGUGUACGUCAACAGGCAUAGACAUGAGACCGGCGGCAGUGGCGGCGCAGCAGCUGCCCUGGGCCUAGGGGCGGCGGUCGCGGUCGUGUUCAUGGCUGCAGAGGGAACGCCACAAGUGCUGGGGGAGGAAGUUGGCGAAAAUGAUGAGGUGUCGAUGUGCGGAUGGGGUGCCAGAGGGAUGUUUAGAACCUGCGAGGAGGGGACCCAGGAGCCGUCGGAUCGUCGGACGGCGCCUUCUCCCGAAUGGGGGAUGGUGUAUGGACGCCAGUUGUCGGAGCCUGGCAUUUUGUAG